AGCGCUCGAAUAACUCGAAUCGAAGGGGAAGUCAUGGCCGCAGGGACCACCACCAAGGAGCGCCUGGAGCGGCUGAUGAACGCCAAGAAGCAGCUGGAGGCACAGAUCAGCCGAAACGGACAGAUCCUGGCCGCCAACGAAAAUGUGGGCAUGAGCGGACCACUGGUGGACGCCGAGGGCUUUCCCCGCAACGACAUUGACGUUUACCAGGUGCGCCUGGCGCGCCAAACGAUCAUCUGCCUGCAGAACGACCACAAGGAGCUCAUGAACCAGAUCCAGGCGCUGCUAAACCAAUAUCACAGCGAGAUUGCCACCACAGAUCCGGAGCUGGUGAACCGCGCCUCCGCUCUGGACUUGGACAGCGACCGAUCACCCGGCGGCGCUAAUAUCGCGGACCUUGCACCUGCGCGCGCCAUCGUGGUGGUCAACCUGGUCAGUCCCGACUCGCCCGCCGAGAGAGCUGGUCUCUGUGUGGGCGAUGCCAUCCUCCGUUUUGGCUCCAUCAACAGCGACAACUUCAAGGGAGAUCUCGCCCAGAUUGGCGAGCUGGUGCGCAACAUGCAGAGCCAGAAUGUCCAGCUGAAAGUGAAGCGCGCCGAGCAGCAGCUGGACCUGAUCCUGGUGCCGAAAACCUGGAGUGGACGCGGACUCCUUGGCUGCAACAUCGUCCUGCCACCCGAGGCGAUGGAGCACUGAUGCAGUUACCUGUUUAAGCUUUCUUCGAGUUGCCUGUGUACUCUUGCCCUGCAUUUCAGUUAUUAGCCCAUGGCCAGACCACUGAACAUGCGUGCUCCAAAUUGCGAACAUUGAUUUUUGGUUUGGUUUUCGGACCAAUUAAAGCCGGAGUCAUCUCGCUGACUGACUGACAGCCGGGUCACUGGGCCAAGGAGCAGCAAGGGAGUGACACAAGGUGCACAGGCGACAGCCACAAGGAUGAUAUUGUGAUUCAGGGGUUUGGUUGGAAUUGUAACCAAUUUUUUUUUGCAUUUAAUUUUUAAUCAUUUUUUUUAAAUGAUGUGUAACAUAAUACAAAUUACAGGACGUUUUUACUAACAAAUAAGUUUU